AAAAAUAUUAUUAAAGAAUUUCGGUUCGAUGACCGAGAGUUAUAUUUUAUUAAAAAUAUAAUUAUUGCAAACCAAUACUCGUGAAAGUUACAUUCAAUAAAGUUAUCCAAUGUAAAUACUUCAGUCAUCAUGAUGGAUAUGACAGUGUUUAUAACUGACUUUAAGUGGAACCAUGGGUUGAAUUAUUAAAAACAAUAACGGAACGAAUGGAUCACCGUUGUUCUGUAAAAAGACAGCACUAUGAUGCUGGUGCGCAUCAACAUGCGCACAGCGUUGGCGGCGCUGUGCCUUGCAGUACUCCUCAUUAUUGUAUUCUGGAGCCGAUGCGGAGAGUUCUCGCAUAGACCAAUAGCCUCAGUGUUAUCCAAUGGUCUCUUGGAACGAGGAGCUGGCACGGGUGGGGUCGGGGGGCAGGAGAUUGAGUGUGUCAUCAACGGCGAGUACUCUGUAGCGUGCCACCGCGACAGGGACCAGGUCUACCUGCCCUUCUCCUUUAUACACAAGUACUUUGAGGUUUAUGGCAAGAUAACAUCGACGGAUGGUGUGGACAAAUUUGAAUGGUCUCACAGCUAUAGUAAAGUCUAUCAUCCGAAAAAAAAGUACGACCCACGGGGAACAUUCGCCACGUUUGAGAAUUAUAACGUCGAAGUACGAGAGCGAGUCAAAUGUAUUAGUGGUAUAGAAGGUGUCCCGGUGUCGACCCAGUGGGAACCACGAGGGUUUUACUAUCCCACUCAAAUAGCCCAGUUUGGUUUAGCACAUUACAGUAAAAAUGUCACCGAACCCGAGCCUAGGGUCAGGAUCAUAGAUGAUGGGGAGAAAGUCUUGGAAAACUGGAUCGUUAGUAAAGAUGCGACAAUUUCGAGGGUAUAUGAUGAGGAGAUGAAGACUAAAGUGCUAAAGUUCUCAACCUCUGACCAUGUGUCCAGUCAGGUGUGGUUGAAAGUGAACAUUAGUCAGGAUUUUGUGCUCAGUUUGGAUGUAUGGUUCAAACCGAAUUCAUCUAUAACGGUGGUGUUGCAGAAUAAAGAUAAGAAGGAAACUGUAUAUCUGCAUUAUGUUACUAGUAAUCAAUUAAUAUAUGCUCAGGAGGACCACAUCUACCACGGCAUAGGCACGGAAGUAAAAUGGCGGCGAAUAACACGCGACCUUAUUAUCGAUAUGCAGAAAGGCUGGGCCUUGUUAGAUCGACCCAAGAGGAAGUCGCCCAGGAAUAAGUUUAGGAUAUGCAGCGUGAUGUUGCGGGGGCGGGGCGCGGUGUGCGGGGUGCGGGUGUCGAGCAGCGAGCACAUGGCGCAGUUCUACGCGGCGGCGGACUGGCUGGCGAGCGGGCAGCGCGCGCGCGGCGGCUGGCCCGUGCUCGCGCGCCGGCACGUCGCCCCCAGCGUGCCCGACCUCAAGCCCGGAUGGCUGUCGGCGAUGAGUCAGGGGCACGCGAUCUCCGUGCUGUCGCGCGCGUACCACCGCAGCGGGCGGGCGCGCUACCUGUUGGCCGCUCAGCGCGCGCUGCUGCCGCUGGACGUGCCCAGCGCACACGGCGGCGUCAAGGCUAUUUGGAUGGACAAAUACGUCUGGUACGAGGAGUACCCGACCACUCCGCCGCUGUUCGUGCUGAACGGCUUCAUCUACACGCUGCUGGGCCUCUACGACCUGCACGUCAUCGAAGGUGAGAACUCGAUAUCCUUAGCCAAGAAGAUGUUCGACGACGGCAUGACCUCCCUCAAGACCCUACUGCCGCUCUUCGACACCGGCAGCGGCAGCUUCUACGACCUGCGCCACUUCACCCUCGGCGUCAGCCCCAACCUCGCCCGCUGGGACUACCACGCCACCCACGUCAACCAGCUCUACCUCCUCGCCGGCCUCGACCCUGACCCCGUACUCAUAGACACGGCCAAGAGAUGGGAAGGUUACAUGCAAGGAAAACGUGCAGCCCACAAUUGAACUGAAAUAAACACAAACUUGAGUAAGUGUCCAUUAUCUCACAGGAAUGAAAGAAACGAAUCAAUCGAGUCACAAGUCUUGCCUUCAAGCAUUGCUCAAUGCUGGUAUUUUUGUGGAAUAUGUUACGUGCUAUGACUGUUUGGCUUGCCUUUACCUCAUGGUAUGAUUUAUUUAAAAAAAUAACGCACUGAGUGCUGCAAUGAUAUAACGUCUCCAGUGAUAUAUUUUUUUAAUAUAAUGAUCAAACUGGUAGUACAUUUUAAAGAGUAUGUUUUAUAAUUA